UAUCCACUCGUGUAGUGACACAUGUCAUUUAGUAAAUAAAAAAAAAAUCAACGUAUAAGUUACCGAUCACAAGGGACCAGUAGAAGAGAAUGUCGUCUAAAGGUGGGACUAUUUGAUAAUAAUCAAAAGAGGAAUAUUUAACAACAAGCCGGUCAAAGUUGAGAUUAUUAAAAACAAAUUUUCCUAUAAUUAUACGCCAAAAAUCCGAAGUUUUAUAAAAUCAAAUCAAUUACUGUUAUACAAUUAGCCCGAUUUUUGCCGGCCCGAAUUUUUGCCAUUUUCAUACAGAUUACAGAUACAGCAGCAGGUACUUUCUUCCUUCCCUUUUCCCUCUCCUCAUCUACCAUUUUGACAGGCCUUUUAACUUGCUUGAAACUUUCAACUCUCCAUUAUUUCAACACAUGAUUCAGCUGACUAUUUCUCCUUCAAUCAUCUCUCCACCUUUUUCUUCAGUGUAUUUCUAUUAACACAAUAACCCUUGAUCUAUUAUUCCUUAAUUAAAAAAUUAAAAUAAAAUAAAAUAAAAAAAAAAACACAAACACUUUUUCGUAAUUUAGAGUUGAAAUUCUUAAAACCCUGUUCAAAUCACAAUCUGGGUAUUGUUCAUUUCCACCCUAAUUGCUGAAUUUAGUGCUGAAUUUCAUAAUAAACCCUGUUCAAAUCACCAAUUGGGGUUCUGGGUAUUGUUCAUUUUUCCCAGAUAGUUGAAUUCAGUGCUGAAAUUUGAUCCAAAUCUUCUGAUUUUUUUUAAUUUUUUACUUUUAUUGCAAGAUUGAAGGGGAUUUUAAGAAAUGGGUAUUUGUGCAAGCAAAAACAAAGAUCCAAAACAAGAGCAAAAUGGGUAUAGUAGAGGAGUAAAUGAGCAAAAUCAAUCAAAAACAUCAUCAGCUGGGCAAAAUCAGCAGUAUCCUCAGCAGCCGCCACCGGAGAGACCGGUUGCGCAACCGCCUGUUCGAGUCCCAAGCCCUGCUAAAUCAGCUGCAAGAACUGAUUCAAAUACAAUUGUUGGAAAACCCUUUGAAGAUGUGAAGAUGCACUAUACAAUGGGGAAAGAAUUGGGUAGAGGUCAAUUUGGUGUAACCUAUCUUUGUGUUGAUAAACAAACAGGUCAACAAUUAGCUUGUAAGUCAAUCUCAAAGAAAAAACUUGUGACAAGAGCUGAUAAAGAGGAUAUGAAAAGAGAGAUUCAGAUCAUGCAACAUUUGAGUGGUCAACCUAAUAUUGUUGAAUUUAAGGGAGCUUAUGAGGAUAAGACAUCUGUUAAUCUUGUCAUGGAAUUGUGUGCUGGUGGAGAGUUGUUUGACAGGAUCAUUGCUAAAGGGCAUUACAGUGAGAAAGCUGCUGCUACUAUUUUGAGGCAGAUUGUUAAUGUUGUUCAUGUUUGUCAUUUUAUGGGUGUGAUGCAUAGAGAUUUGAAGCCUGAGAAUUUCUUGCUUUCUAGUAAGGAUGAAAAUGCUGCUUUGAAAGCUACUGAUUUUGGGCUUUCUGUGUUUAUUGAAGAAGGUAAAGUCUAUCGAGAUAUAGUAGGUAGUGCUUACUACGUUGCUCCUGAGGUAUUGCGUCGUAGGUAUGGCAAGGAGAUUGACAUUUGGAGUGCUGGAGUUAUGUUGUACAUUUUACUCAGUGGUGUUCCACCCUUUUGGGCUGAAACAGAAAAAGGGAUAUUUGAUGCUAUCCUGCAAGGACAUAUUGAUUUUGAAUGUAAGCCAUGGCCAACAAUCUCUAAUGGCGCCAAGGACCUAGUAAAGAAGAUGUUGACAUCAGAUCCCAAAAAACGAAUCACUGCUGCUCAAGUUCUUGAUCAUCCAUGGCUCAAGGAUGGUGAGGCCUCAGACAAGCCUAUUGAUAGUGCUGUUCUCUCCAGGAUGAAGCAAUUUAGAGUCAUGAACAAGCUCAAGCAACUAGCACUGAAGGUCAUCGCUGAGAAUCUUCCUGCAGAAGAAAUCCAAGGGCUGAAACAGAUGUUUGCAAACAUGGACACUGAUGGAAGUGGGACAAUCACCUACGAAGAAUUGAAAGAGGGAUUGGCCCGUCUUGGAUCAAAGCUUACUGAAACUGAAGUGAAGGCACUCAUGGAAGCUGCUGAUCAAGAUGGAAGUGGAUCAAUUGAUUACAUCGAGUUUAUCACAGCCACAAUGCAUCGGUAUAGGCUUGAGAGAGAUGACCAACUUUACAAAGCAUUCCAGUUUUUUGACAAAGAUAAUAGUGGGUUCAUCACCACAGAUGAGCUAGAAGCAGCAAUGAGGGAGUAUGGGAUUGCUGAUGAGAACUGCAUCAAAGAUAUAUUGACGGAAGUCGACACUGACAAUGAUGGAAGAAUAAACUUUGAUGAGUUUGUUGCAAUGAUGAGAAGUGGUACCCAGAAUCCAGCUGCUAAACUCUUUUGAUAUACUUCUUAUUCUGUGUGAUCGUUCCACCUAUCUACUGCAAGGUGAUGUUCGAGGGACACUGUUGGUUAGAAAGACAGGCUGGUUCCCCUAGAUCAAAUGACCAAGUCGGAUGAGGCCCAUCAUUGUAACAUGGUUGAGUUUUUUGUAAAAAGUUUGUGCAUACACAAUAUCCCUUGGACUUGGGAGUGAUGUUAUUUUAAAUUUGAGUUGGAAGAUUUUUGGACAUGUUUGAAGAUUUCUGUAUUGCGCUCGGAGAAACUAAUGGCUCUCAUUUGUGUUAAUUUUCUAGCUGUUGGGCGACAAAACAACCUUAAAGAGAGUUAUAUACUCCGUAUGUGUUUUCUACAUAGCCUCUCAGAGGACCCAUUUGUAAGCUAUCUUUUCAAGAAACCUUUUUUACCCAGAGUUCA